UCAACUCGCACUUCUGCAACCAAAUGUGGCCCCAUCCGACUCCUCCUCGGUUCACCACAUGGGACUUUCUGUUCGAGGCUCACCGUUGUGGAGCUUGAGGAAAAGGCAUUGAGCAGGUGACCCCCUGCGCCCCCCACCCAAAAAAAAAGAAGAAGCAGGAGGCAUGUCUGCGGCACAGGGGCUUUUGAACAGCGUCUUCUGCUCCUCUCCGGCAUCGAAGGCCAUAACCAAACAGAGGCUACGGCAAACUAGGAGCCUGGACCCCGCCAUCAUCAGACAAUACGGCACUGGGACCGAUUGUGCAAGUGACGCGCAGUUGACCGGUUCAACUGUCCCGGACGCAGGUGCGUCCUCGAAGCCGUUUCCGCGCACCAAGACUUUAAUGCUCAAAGAACCCAUCCCACCUUCGAUCUCCUCUCCCUCCAUACCUUUGGACGUGUCCCCGUCGUCUAACUUUCAUUUUGACUACGACGUAGUGAAGCGUUCCAAAAGGAGAACGACUGGGGAUUUACCGCUCCUCGUGCGGGGCUCCGGGUUCGCGCCGUCCGGGAGUACCGGCGCGCUUUUCUCGCCUCGGAGGUGGCUCCAGAGGAGAACACAGCCGCCGAGCUCGCAUACUGACGUCGUGUGGAAACCGGAGGGUGACUUCACUUGGAGCAGCCUGUCCGGCCAGAGUGUGCGUCUGACUGCAGUUGCCAUACAGAGCCUGUCUGAACUGGAGAGGGCCCGGCUCCAGGAAGUGGCCUCCGCCCGCUUGCAUCAAGACUAUGAUGUUGGAUGUCAGAUUACUGUGCCAAAAGAUGGACAGAAGAGGAAAAUGUCCCUAAGGAGGAAGCUGGAUUCUUUAUCCAAAGAGAAGAGCAAAGAUAAAGAGGGUGUUCCUCAAGCCUUCAGUAUACCCCUCUCACAGGUCAUCGCAAACGACAGGACGCAUAGGCAGCGCCAGGAUGGCUAUCGUCAGGAUCCGCCACAGCGAGAGGAGCACAAGGACUCGUCUGACCUUGUCUCUUCCAUUCUACAGUUUGCGACAAAGCGAUCUUCUAAUAAGGAGCUCUCAAGCAGUAACUCCUCAUUGAGCUCCACAUCGGAGACAGCCAAUGAGUCGACGUCGCCCAACACGCCUGAGGCUGCACCGCGAGUGCGCAGACGGGGUGGCAUGUCGGUGGAUUCAAUAACGGAUCUGGAUGACAACCAGUCCCGCCUACUGGAGGCGCUGCAGCUCUCCCUGCCUGCCGAGACACUAAGUAAGAAGGAGAAACACAGGGAUAAACGGCUGAGUCUCAACCCUAUAUACCGCCAGGUGCCCCGUGUGGUCGACAGCUGCUGUCAACACAUUGAGAAAUACGGCUUGCAGACAGUUGGGAUUUUCAGGGUGGGAAGUUCUAAGAAAAGAGUUCGACAGUUACGAGAGGAGUUUGACCGUGGCGUUGAUGUCCAUUUAGAUGAGGAGCACAGCGUUCACGAUGUGGCCGCCUUGUUGAAGGAGUUCCUCAGGGACAUGCCUGACCCACUUCUCACAAAGGAGCUGUAUACUGCCUUCAUAAACACGACAUUGUUGGAUCCAGAUGAGCAGCAAAGUGUCAUGCAGCUACUGGUAUACCUGCUCCCAGCAUCCAACAGCGACACACUUCACCGCCUCCUGUUGUUCUUGUUCACCGUGGCCGACCAUGCCCAUGACCGGCAAGACAAAGAUAGACAGGAGAUCACAGGGAACAAAAUGACCUCCUUAAACCUUGCCACAAUCUUUGGCCCCAACCUGCUCCAUAAACUCAAGCCUUCAGACAAGGAGUUCAGCGUCCAGAGCUCGGCCCGGGCCGAGGAGAGCACAGCCGUCAUCUCUGUCCUGCAGAAAAUGAUCGCCAGCUACCAGACCCUCUUCAUGGUCCCACCUGACCUGCAAAAUGAAGUUUUGAUGAGUCUACUGGAGACAGACCCCGAUGUGGUGGACUAUCUCUUGAGACGAAAAGCAUCACAGUGUACCGAUCUACUCCAGGCUGAGGAGCCCUUCACCCUGAGCGAACGCCACUCCUCCAGCGAUUCCAACAAACCGUCCAGCGGGGAGGUGUCCCCAUAUGACAACAACUCCCCCAUCCUGAGCGAACGGAGAGGGGAGGCAGGGAAGCCAAGCGGUGCGAUGAUGGGGGAAGUGGCGGCCUGGGCAGGGGAGUCUGGAGCUGACAGCAGGGUGGGACCAGACUGUAUAUCGGAGGAACAUGCUAACAUUUGGGGUACGUGGCACACGACUCUCAAACCAGCACUCAAGGACCAAACUUACACAGGUUCCCAUAGCAACGUGUCUGAGGGAAGCUCCCGCAGCUCACAGGAAGGACUUGAUGGACUCCAUGGUGAUAGCAGACACAAGCCGAUGGCACUGCCAACAAAGACAGUGUCUGGCAUCGUUGAGUGCAGGCCACACCCGCCGGUGACCCGUGUGUGCACUAGCCCUCACCUGCAGCCAACCAUCAAUCGCUCUGCGCAGGUUCUCCAGCAUGCUCAUGGAGCCUGCACGACGUCGGAAUUGAAAGGCUGGGUGAACUCUAACGAGAGUGGCCGAUUCCCUCCUCCUUAUAACGCGCACCACCGUCUGGCUGCUUGUCAAAGUUCACCACAGCUUCCAUCAGCGCAGCAGCACCCCCUGCAGCACAAGAUGCCAAGUGCCGAGCAGAAAAACUCCGAUGGGCCCAUGAUGCCGCACAGCCAGGAGUGGCAGGACUGGCAGAGGGACCGCUGGCAAAUAUGGCAACUGCUAUCUUCAGACAGUGCAGACACACUGCCAGAGACAUUGGUGUGAGAGCAUCAAACUCCAGCUUUAUGUCAUAUCUGAUGACUGCUUGGAGAAACUCGUCUGUGAUAAUCACACAGCCUCAUCUUUCCUCUCUUGUCCAUCGCUGGAUCUGCCAGCAUGCUCACGCAAUGCCAUUCUUGUUUACAUAUUCAGCUGCUGCCUUCUACAGACUUUGAAGCCACCACUCAUUAUUCUGUUUAGAUAUUGUUUCUGCCCCACAUUUCAGUUCGAAGCAUUUGAAAACAGCCCCCAGAAAUACCUCAAAAACCAUCACAGCACUUCGAAAACAUAGCCAUGAAUGCCAUCUGGUUUCUUUUUAUUUUAGUGCCGAGCAAUAGGAAAUGCGCUAGCUCCCUUAGUUAACAAAAAGGCAACUUUAGACUACAAUCUCGACUUUAAAUGCUGUUUAAAUGCAAAAUUUGUAUACACACUAAAGGAGUUCAUCAAACAUUUGAUUUGAAGUAUGUCUGUCCUUCAAACCUUUGACAUAAAUGUUAGUCUUUGUAAGACUGUUAUUUUUCGCCUCACUGUUGAAUGCAAUUAUAAUGUUAAAGCACUCAGCUGUAAGUUUGCCACUUGCUGCACUAUAAGAUGUGCCAAAGUUGUGUUUGUUUUGUUUUUCCAUUUUAUUUCAGGAUAUCCAUUGUGUUCUUGUACAUGUUGAUGAGAAUGGUUUAUACAACAAUGUUUGCAUCAUAUUUCAAGAAGUGUCCUUGUUAGUUUCUGGUGUGUGUGUGUGUGUGUGUGUGUGUGUGUGUGUGUGUGUACAUUGUAAGUAAAAUACAGUGAAACCACAAAUUAACAGACUAAAAGGGAAGAGGGGUCAUCUGUUAUUUGCCAUUUGUCCGUUAAUUUGAAACACUUUUUUUCAAGGCCUAAAAACACCCGUUACAUUAUUAAAUGAUUGUAAAUAAAUGUAAAAAAAAAAAGCAUGAAAAUGUUUGAAAAGUUUUCAAAUUUAUCCAAACUUACCUUUAAACAUUGUUGUGAUGGUCUAAUGCUUCGGUGGAAGUGCUGUUGUAUGUGCCACUUGUAAACAGCUUCCUGCAGGUCCCCGCUUUGACACACUUUCAAGUGCUUCUGCUUCUGCACAACACCUUUCUUAUCUUUGGUAGGGUCCACAUCAAACUUCACUGCAAAAUCUUGUUGUUUUUCCUUACUGCUAAAUAUGUCACUUACAGUUACAGUAAGUUUUUCAUGCCUUAUUCCUCGGGCCACAUAAACUCCCGACUCCAGCUUCUAAAUAAGUACCAUUUUUCACCAAUGCUAAGGUUAGUGCGCUUCCUUUUAUUAUUUCCGUUACGAUUGUAUGCCGUAGUGAAGAGCUUGACACACACACACAAAAAAGACUGACCACAACCGAUUACCGUAUAUCAGUAUAUAUCAAUAUACCGUAGAAUGUUCGAGAUGCAUAUGUGUACACAACGAGCGCUCAAGUAAACAACAGUGGCUCUUCCCAGAACUACAGUGUUGAUUCCGCCAGUAAAGAACAGUGGCCACUUUUGGAACUAACGAUAUUUGCUCGCAGGCGUGCCUGACUCUACCAUUUCUGUUCGUUAAAUCCGGAGUCCGUUGGUUCCAGGACCAUUAAUUUGUGGUUUCACUGCGCACCAAAACUAUGCUGUGGCCAAAAAACAACAACAGCUAAAACUGAUUCUGUAUAUGUCUCAUUUUGAACGGGCCAAAUGUGUGAAGUAUUUCUCGAAACUGGGGAACAGUUACCUGAAUUAACCUUUUUAUUGGAUAAGUCUUAAAAUGUACUGACAUUUUUGCUCUAAAGAUGGAUAUUAAUGAUUACUAAGCAGUCAUAUACAAUGUUAAAAUAUGAUACAGUAUAUACUCAUUUUCCAAUGGUCAGUCAGUUUUCUGUUUUCUAUGUAUGGCUUUUGCGACCUGAUUGUGUGCUUAGGGUAAUAUAGUGAUUUGUGCCAAGUAGCCUUAAUUACCCCGAUUAACUGACCAAUACUUGCACGUUUGGGCAUUUGGAACAGAAUGUUUCAGCUUGAACCCCUUCAUAGAUUUUAUAAAUAAGAAAACAGCACUUUUAAAUGAAACCCCAAACCUACACUGCAAAAACACAAAAUCUUACCUUGUGAAUUGAUCUUAUUUUUCGUGUACUUAUUUCUAGGCAGUUUUUGACUUUGUCCUAAAAUUUCAGCAAGACAAAAAGACUUGUUUUAAGUUAAAAUAGCUUAUUUUAAGAAUCUUAUAAAGUAAAUUCAUGCUACCCCCGUUGUCAGAUUCCCCCCACUUAUUUUAGGGACACAAUAUCUUGUUUUUAAUAUUUUUUUUUUUAAAUAAUUGUUUUGAGAAAGUCAUUUUUUUCCCCAAGGUAACUGGCCAACUCCUCCUGAAGACUCAAUCACGUGGAUAUUUGCUGGCAAAUAUUUCACAAUUUGUGUAUUUCUUUGAAAGGGUGAAGUAAAAGAAACAAACAAGUAGUACAGUCCAACAGUUGGACACAUUGUGUUGAAUAUUUGGCGUCACCUAUUGUCAGGCUAUUGUGGUGUUUCCGUCUGUGAACACGUUCCUGUUCUGUAGGAAAGCAUGUGGAGUGUCAUGUAGAGUGUCUUCUGUUAAGAGUAUGUAGAUUUAAGGGCGUAAAUAAAUGUGCUAUAGCUCAUAGUUAGGGAUCAUACUUUGUUAACAAUUCAGCAAAUGUGCUUUGCUUUCCUGAGUGAAAUAUAUGAUAUGCAGUACUGGUAUAUAUGUAUCUAUUCCAAAUGAAAAAAAGUUCCAAAUCGUCCUCGUGUGUCUUAAUCUUACAUCCUAUUGUGCCAUGGUGGAUUUAUUGACAUCAGUGGGGUUUUAUGGUCCAAUUUGUCACUCAAUAUUUUGCUAUGUGCUUUUUUGGUACCACGUAAGUUCUACACAUGUUGUAAUGGAAUUAAAUAUGGUUAUGUUCA